AUGGGGAAACCAGUGCAGCGAUCUCGGGCACCUGUGGCUGCACCCCGUGCGCUUCCCCGCCAUGGUGCGCGAGGAGGCGGAGGCUCCGCGGGGCCGCUGGGGCCGCCUGUGAGCCGGGGCCGGAGCAGGGACCCGGCGCGGCCGUGCGCGAUGCCUGUCCGGGCGGAGGCGAGGGCGGCGGGGCGCGCGGUGUCUCUGGCGCUGCUGCUGCUGCUGCUGCUCCCCGCCGUGCCGGCCCGCGCGCCGCUGCCCCCGCUGCAGCCCAGCAUGCCCCACGUGUGUGCUGAGCAGGAGCUGACCCUGGUGGGCCGCCGCCAGCCCUGCGUGCAGGCCUUCAGCCGCGUGGUGCCCGUGUGGAAGCCCGGCUGUGGGCCACAGGCGUGGUGUGUCGGCCACGAGCGCAGAACCAUCUACUACAUGGGCUACCAGCAGGUCUAUGCCAUGGAGGCCCGGACUGUGUUCAGGUGCUGCCGAGGGUGGACCCAGCAGCCUGGCGAGGAGGGUUGCCUCUCACCCCAGUGCAGUGCUGGCCUCUGUUUUAAUGGUGGCCACUGCAUGCCAGGCUCAGCCCAGCCAUGCCACUGUCCCCGAGGCUUCCAGGGUCCCCGCUGUCAGUACGAUGUGGACGAGUGCCGAGCGCACAACGGCGGCUGCCAGCACCGGUGCGUCAACACCCUGGGCUCCUACCUCUGUGAGUGCAAGCCUGGCUUCCGGCUCCACACGGACGGCAGGACCUGCCUGGCCAUCAACUCCUGCGCCCUGGGCAAUGGCGGCUGCCAGCACCACUGCGUCCAGCUCACAGCGACCCGGCACCGCUGCCAGUGCCGGCCCGAGUUCCAGCUCCAGGAGGACGGCAGGCGCUGCGUCCGGAGAAGCCCGUGUGCGGACAGGAACGGCGGCUGCAUGCACACGUGCCAGGUGCUCCAGGGCCUUGCCCGCUGUGCGUGCCACGUGGGCUACCAGCUGGCAGCGGACGGCAAGGCCUGCGAAGACGUGGAUGAAUGUGCCAUGGGGCUGGCCCAGUGUGCCCACGGCUGCCUCAACACUCCAGGGUCCUUUAAGUGCGUGUGCCACGCGGGCUACGAGCUGGGUGCUGAUGGCCGCCAGUGCUACCGGAUCGAGAUGGAGAUUGUGAACAGCUGCGAGGCCCACAACGGCGGCUGCUCCCACGGCUGCAGCCACACCAGCACGGGGCCCCUCUGCACCUGCCCCCGCGGCUACGAGCUGGACGCCGACCAGAAGACCUGCGUGGAUGUGGACGACUGUGCGGACUCCCCGUGCUGCCGGCAGGUGUGCACCAACAACCCCGGCGGGUAUGAGUGCGGCUGCUACGCCGGCUACCGGCUCAGCGCCGAUGGCUGUGGCUGUGAGGACGUGGACGAGUGCGCCUCCGGCCGCGGCGGCUGUGAACACCUCUGUGCCAACCUGCCCGGCUCCUUCCACUGCUCCUGUGAGGCCGGCUUCCGGCUGGAUGAGGACCGCAGGGGCUGCUCCCCGCUGCAGGAGCCCACGGUGGACCUGGACGGCCGGCUGCCCUUCGUGCGGCCCCUGCCCCACGUCGGGGUGCUCCAGGAUGAGCUGCCGCUGCUCCUGCAAGACAACUACGUGGGGGCGGACGAGGAGGAGGCGGAGCUGCGGGGCGAACACACGCUCGUAGAGAAGUUUGUCUGCCUGGGCGACUCCUUCGGCCACGACUGCAGCUUGACCUGCGCCGACUGCAGGAACGGGGGGACCUGCCUGCCAGGCCUGGACGGCUGUGACUGCCCUGAGGGCUGGACCGGGCUCGUCUGCAACGAGACUUGUCCCCCAGACACCUUCGGGAAGAACUGCAGCUCCUCCUGCAGCUGUCAGAACGGUGGGACCUGCGACCCCGUGACGGGGACCUGCCGCUGCCCCCCAGGUGUCAGUGGAACCCACUGCGAGGACGGCUGCCCCAAGGGCUUCUAUGGCAAACACUGUCACAAGAAAUGCCACUGCGCCAACCGGGGCCGGUGCCACCGCCUCUACGGGGCCUGCCUCUGCGACCCAGGGCUCUACGGACGCUUCUGCCACCUUGCCUGCCCGCCCUGGGCGUUCGGGCCGGGCUGCUCGGAGGAGUGCCGGUGCGUGCAGCCCCACACGAGGUCCUGCGACAGGAGGGAUGGCAGCUGCUCCUGCAAGGCCGGCUUCCGGGGCGAGCGGUGUGAGGCUGAGUGCGAGCCGGGCUCCUUUGGGCCGAGAUGCCUGCAGGUGUGCAGCUGCCCGCCGGGCGUGGCCUGCGACCCUGCGAACGGCGAGUGUCAGAAACAGUGUCCCGCUGGCUCCCAGGGGGAGGACUGUGGCCAAGAGUGCCCGAGGGGGACGUUUGGCGUGAACUGCUCAGGCUCCUGCUCCUGCGAGGGGGCCCCCUGCCACCAGGUCACGGGGCAGUGUCUGUGCCCGCCGGGGAGGACGGGGGAGGACUGUGGGGCAGAUUGUCCCGAGGGCCGCUGGGGGCUUGGCUGCCAGGAGAUAUGUGCGGCGUGCGAGCACGGUGCCCGCUGCGACCCCGAGACCGGAGCCUGCCUGUGCCACCCCGGCUUUGUCGGCAGCCGCUGCCAGGAUGUGUGCCCAGCGGGCUGGUUUGGCCCCGGCUGCCAGAUGAGGUGCGCCUGUGCCAACGACGGGCACUGCCACCCGGCUACUGGACGCUGCAGCUGUGCCCCCGGGUGGACUGGCCUCAGCUGCCAGAGAGCCUGUGACAGCGGGCACUGGGGCCCCGACUGCAGACACCCCUGCAACUGCAGCGCAAGCCGUGGGAGCUGCGACCCCGCCAGCGGCCUGUGCCUGUGCGAGGCCGGCUACACAGGCCCGCGGUGUGAGCAGCGGUGUCCCCAGGGCCACUUCGGGCCUGGCUGUGAGCAACGGUGCCAGUGUCAGCACGGAGCAGCCUGUGACCACAUCAGUGGGGCCUGCACCUGCCCGGCCGGCUGGAGGGGAACCUUCUGCGAGCGCGCCUGCCCAGCCGGCUUCUUUGGACUGGACUGCCGCAGCGCCUGCAACUGCACCGCGGGAGCCCCCUGCGACGCCGCGGAUGGCUCCUGCCUCUGCCCCCCUGGCCGCCAGGGCCCCCGCUGCGCCCAGCCCUGCCCAGCCCUCACCUACGGGCACAAUUGCAGCCAGGUCUGCACCUGCUUCAACGGGGCCUCCUGUGACCCUGUCCAUGGGCACUGCCACUGUGCCCCUGGCUGGACAGGGCCCACCUGCCAGCAGGCCUGCCCCGCUGGCCUGUACGGCGAGAACUGUCGACAUUCCUGCCUCUGUCAGAAUGGGGGGACUUGUGACCCUGUCUCAGGGCAGUGUCUGUGCCCGGAGGGCUGGGCUGGGCUGGCCUGUGAGAAUGAGUGCCUCCCCGGGCGCUUCGGAGCCGGCUGCCUGCAUGGCUGCAGCUGCAAUGGCAGCCUCUGCGACCGGCACACGGGUCUCUGCCUGUGCCCAGCCGGCUGGACUGGGGACAAGUGUCAGAGCCCCUGCCCGCGGGGCUGGUUUGGAGAGGCCUGUGCCCAGCGCUGCCACUGCCCACCUGGUGCCGCCUGCCACCACAUCACCGGGGAGUGUCGCUGUCCACCUGGCUUCACUGGCUCUGGCUGCGAGCAGGCCUGCCCAGCUGGCACCUUCGGGGAGGACUGUGGGCAGAUGUGCCAGUGUCACGGCAAGAACCAGGCCUGCCACCCUGCCACGGGGGCCUGCGCGUGCACCGCCGGCUACCACGGCCCCCGCUGCCAGCAACGCUGCCCGCCCGGGCGGUAUGGACCAGGCUGUGAGCGGCUGUGUGGGUGUCUCAACGGGGGGUCCUGUGAUGCGGCCACGGGGGCCUGCCGCUGCCCCGCCGGGUUCCUGGGGGCCAACUGCAGCCUCACCUGUCCACAGGGCCGCUCCGGCCCCAACUGUGCCCACGUGUGCAGGUGUGGGCAGGGGGCACCCUGCGAUCCUGUGACCGGCACCUGCAUCUGCCCCCCGGGGAGGGCGGGCGUCCACUGUGAGCGAGACUGCCCCCAGGACCGGUUUGGAGCUGGCUGUGAGCACGCGUGCUCCUGCAGAAACGGGGGCCUGUGCCACCCCGCCAAUGGCAGCUGCUCCUGCGGCCUGGGCUGGACGGGGCCCCGCUGUGAGCUGGCUUGCCCCCCUGGGCGCUAUGGCGCCGACUGCCAUCUGGAAUGUUCCUGCCGCAACAACAGCACCUGUGAGCCCGCUACGGGCGCCUGCCGCUGCGGCCCCGGCUUCUACGGCCAGGCCUGCGAGCACCCCUGUCCCCCCGGCUUCCACGGGGCUGGCUGCCAGAGGGCAUGCAUGUGUCAGCAUGGAGCCCCCUGCGACUCCGCCAGUGGCCAGUGCCUCUGCCCCGCCGGCUUCCGUGGCCAGUUCUGUGAGAGCGGGUGUGAGCUGGGUUCAUUCGGAGAGGGCUGCCGCCAGCGGUGUGACUGCCAGGAGGGGGCACCCUGUGACCCUGUCACCGGCCUCUGCCUUUGUCCACCUGGGCGCUCAGGAGCCACGUGUGGCUUGGAUUGCAGAGCGGGCCACUUUGGGCCCGGCUGUGUCCUGCGCUGUGACUGCGGGGGUGGGGCUGACUGUGACCCCGUCAGUGGGCAGUGCCACUGUGUAGAUGGUUACACGGGGCCCACGUGCCGGGAAGGUGGGCCCCCCCAGCUGCCCGAGAGCCUAUUCCCUGCCCAGAGCCCAGCAGCCGGCCUGCCCGCCUCCGCCAGACCGGCCCCCAUGCGCAGCAGCAGGGCAGCAGAGCCCUAG